CCGCCCCCUGUCCAAUCAGCACCCUUCCCAACCCCCAGAUUUUGAACGGAAUUGAAUAAAGGCGAUUAAAUGUGUUUUCCGUGUAAACCUAAAUACGGAAUUACAAUUUUUAUGUAAACGCGAAGGAGAAUACUUUAAUUCCGAAUUAUUUUAUUCUGAAUAAUUAAUUCCUUAUUAAAAACACAAUGUAACCGUGACUGUCAGAACCACUGACAGUACUAAUAUAUUUAAAAACGUGGCGUAAUUUUUGUGUCAUUGCAUCUUCGUUUGACAUUUGAACCACCAACAUGUCUGCUCCUAAGAAGGGAGACUUGUCUUCAAGUGAAAAGGAGUUGUUUGGAGUUAUCAGUGCUGGAAAUGUUCAAGAAGCCUCCAGGCUGCUAGGCUGUAAGGAUGUUCGAGUCAACUGUUUGGAUGAGUAUGGGAUGACUCCUCUCAUGCACGCUGCUUACAAAGGAAAAGCAGAUAUGUGCAAAUUGCUUCUGCAACAUGGCGCAGAUGUCAAUUGUAAUGAACAUGAACACGGAUACACAGCACUGAUGUUUGCCGGCCUUUCAGGGAAGACUGAUAUCACACGGAUGAUGCUGGAUGCAGGGGCAGAAACAGACGUAACCAACUCUGUUGGACGGACUGCUGCACAGAUGGCAGCCUUUGUUGGGCAACACGACUGUGUGACAGUGAUCAACAACUUCUUUUCCCGUGCCAGGCUUGACUACUACACCAGGCCUCAGGGUUUGGAGAAGGAACCCAAACUGCCUCCCAAACUGGCCGGACCUCUGCACAAGGUCAUCAUGAGCACCAACCUGAAUCCUGUUAAGUUGGUGAUGCUUGUGAAGGAAAACCCACUGCUUGCAGAGGUGGAAGCUCUGGAUAAAUGCCGGAGGGUGAUGGAGCUUAUCUGUGAGAAGUGCAUCAAGCAGCAGGACAUGAACGAAGUUCUGGCCAUGAAGAUGCAUUAUAUCAGCUGCGUGCUGGGAAAGUGUGCCUCUUUCCUCAAGGAUCGAGAUGACAAGCUGGAUGGCCUCAUUAAAAGUUUGCUGAAGGGUCAGGACAGCGAUGGUUUCCCUGUGUACCAAGAGAAGUUUAUUAGAGAGUGCAUCCGGAAGUUCCCGUACUGUGACGCAACGCUGCUGCAGCAGCUGGUGCGGAGUAUUGCUCCUGUAGAGAUUAGUCACGACCCCACAGCUCUGUCAGUGCUGACUCAGGCCAUCACAGGUCAGGUCGGCUUCAUGGAUGCAGAGUUCUGCACCACCUGUGGGGAGAAAGGAGCUGAGAAAAGAUGCUCCAUCUGUAAAAUGGUGAUCUACUGUGAUCAAGCUUGCCAAAAAAUGCACUGGUUCACCCACAAAAAGGUUUGUAAGAAGCUUCAAGAACAGCGAGAGAAGCAUGAAGCAGAAGCAGCCAAACUGAGGAUGCAACAGAAUAAAGAGGAGAGUGCAGCAGUGCAGGAGGCCACAGACUCCAUGCAGGAACUCUCAGUGGAAACCAACAGCGAUGUUUCACCUUUAAACUCUGCUGCAGACCCAACUUCCAUCCCAGCUGCAGACAACUGAGAAACAUCUUAAGUGUAUGGCAGCAACCGCCUUCUCCAUGGUACAUCCAUCCAUCAAUCCACCCACUGCAGACAGAGAGAAGCUGGCACGAAGACUGAGAACCAGGCAGAGAACCUAUAUUUCUCAUCAGCCUGAGACUUUGUCACCGGAGCAGAAAAAUAGUUGCUCGUGCUACAACUGUCAUCUUUUUGUCUUUUUCAAAUGUUAUCGUCAUUUGUGAAUGUGAAAACUUCAUAAGCUGAUCUUUAGGAGGAACUGUCGGAGAUAUGCGAAGAUCUAACGAAGUGGUUCCCAAAUCUUUCCCCUUUUCAUCAACGACAAUAAUGUCAAGCUCCUCCUGAUCCCACUACCACAUGCACCCCGAUGCUUACCAAGACACGUAUGAAGAAAUGUGCCACGAAAUACUUCUUUAGUUGAAUGGUUGCUUUUUAAAACUAUAAUUAAAACCAUGUCAGUGGCAGAAGGAGCUAUCACUUCCUCUGCUAGGCUAGGAAACAUCUGCAAACUACUUCAAGUGAGUUGAGCUUUUGAUGUCAGAGAUGCUGCAGACUUCCUGGAGUAGCGUUAUAACUUCUUUAGCUUCACACUGUUAGAUGCUAAUAUUUUGCGACAUACUCUCUUCUUUACCCACCAUUCAUCAUUACCAUUACUUAACCACUUCCUGGUCAAGCCUAGGGCCAGAUAAUCCUCUUUAUUUUAUUUAUUUUUAUUGUAUUAUUUUUUUGAUAGUUUAUUUUCUUAUAGUUACGUUUCUUUGUGGUUUAUUCAUCAUCUUUUGCCCAUUGGUACUUUCACAAAUCUGUCAGUGUUUUGCUAGCAAUGCGAAAACUAAGUUUUAUUUAGCCUUGCCCCCCCCCCCCAGUUUGGGAACCACUGAUCUAACGGUUGACAUCCACGAUGGAACGUAAAACUGCCUUAAACUGUAGCAAACUAUGGGAAACAAGUGAUGUAGCCAAUCAGAACAGUUUGAUGUUUGCUGUACAGCUGAUUGUUGGGAUUAUUUUGUACUGACAGCCUGACUGUGGAUGUUAUGGCUGCUCAACACUGACCAAAAAUGUAUAUGAAUAUUUUUAAAUGUGAAUGAUGUAAACAUGACUUUAUUUUAGUGUGUUGUUAAGUAUGUUACUGCUCAGGAUAUUUCCGCUUAGAAUGAACGUUUUUGUUUUCCCCAAAUUCAUCAUGCUUAUUCAGUAUUGUUAAGGAAAAAAAAUCUAUUUGCCUUUUAAAAGUGUGGCUUUGGUUUUGGUGUUUAUUUAUUGUGCAGCCUGAAUGGAUAGAGACGGUGAAAUCAGACUCUAUGUCCCGUUUGUGUUUGUUCUGGAUGGUGAGGACUUUUAGUUUUUCAGCCAAUGUGAUCUUUAUGUCAUUGAAUAAAGACCAACUUCAGA